UCUCCUGAUUGGCGACGGGUUGAAUCUCGAGGGUCACGUGGUGUAUACGGCGACCACGGAAGGACAAAAUUAAUAAGGAAUUGGCCGGGCCCUGCCCACCGCGGAUAGGUGUAAACUCGGUGACGGGAGAAGCUGGUGGUGGAGCGAACAUGAGCGGCAAGCGGAAAGGCGAGCUGUGCGACUCUCUGCUUACAUGGAUGCAGACAUUUCAAGUUUCUGGUCCUUGCAGUUCCUAUGAGGAUCUUACAGGAGGAGUUGCUAUUGCACAGGUCUUGAAUCGCAUAGACCCAUCCUGGUUUAAUGAGGCCUGGCUUGUGAGGGUUAAGCAGGACACCACAGAGAACUGGCGCAUAAAGGUCAGCAAUCUGAAGCGGAUCCUGCAGAGCAUACUUGAAUAUUACCAGGAUGUCCUGGGUCACCCUGUUUCUGAUGAUCACAUCCCAGAUGUGGCUUUGAUUGGGGAGUUCUCUAAUGCUGCCGAAUUGAGGAAAAUGGUGCAGUUGGUGUUGGGCUGUGCCAUCAGCUGUGACAAGAAGGAAGAGCACAUUCAGCAGAUAAUGACGCUGGGAGAGUCUGUCCAGCAAGCAGUGAUGGAAUCCAUACAGGAGCUGCUCAGCAAGGACCCCACAGAUGCAGUGACAAGUGAAAGCUACAUUAACUAUGAUAGCCAGUCCCGCAAAUAUUAUUUUCUAAGUGAGGACAACGAUGAAAAAAAUGAGAUUCUGCAACGUUGCCAUGACCUAGAACAGCAGGUGUCUCUGCUUAUGGAAGAAAAGAAGAACCUGGUGGGUGAGAACCGAAACCUAAGAGAACAGCAGGAGCAGUCUGGCAUGGGCACUCCCCAACUGUUCAACAAAAAGUUGCUCCUUCUACAGAGCCAGAUUGAACAACUGCAGGAGGAGAACUACAGGUUGGAAAGCUCCAGAGAUGACUACAGACAGCGAUGCCAGGAACUAGAUCGGGACAUACAGGAGUUACAGCAGCGCAACCAGGACCUGACCGGCUUGGCACAUGAGGCCCAGGCCUUGAGGGAUGAGAUGGACGUUCUCCGUCACUCCUCUGACCGAGUGGGGAAGCUGGAAUCCCUGGUGGAGUCGUAUAAGAAGAAACUGGAAGAUCUGGGGGACCUGAGGCGACAAGUGAAGCUGUUGGAAGAGAGGAACACUGUGUACAUGCAGCGAACCUGCCAGCUGGAGGAGGAGCUUCACAAGGCCAAUGCGUCCCGGGGGCAGCUGGAAAACCUUAGCCGACAGAUCCAGGAGCUGCAUAAGAAGCACUCGACAGAGUCUCUGCGGGCUGAGAAAUGGCAGUUUGAGUUCCAGACCCUGAAGGAGAAAUUUGAGGCCUUGCAGAAAGAGAGAGAGAGGCUCAUAACAGAGCGUGAUUCACUGCGCGAGACAAACGAUGAGCUGCGCUGCUCUCACCUACAGCAAACAUGCCUGGGACAAGCAGAUGUGCUGCUCUCAGGAUCUUCUCCUCCCUUGGAAAAUUUAGCAGCAGAAAUUGUCCCAGCAGAGCUCAGAGAGACAGUGAUGCGGCUGCAGCAGGAGAAUAAGAUGCUUUGCACGCAAGAGGCCUCAUACCAAGAUCGUCUCUGUGACCUUCAGAAUCUUCUGGAAGAAUCCAACCGAAGCAAGAACAGAAUGGAGAGCGAAAGCAGGCUCCAGCAGCAACAGAUCAAAGAACUGAAGGCUCAGGUGGAGGAACUGCAGAAACAUCUGCGGGAGCAGGGGAAUCGGGCAGAGGAUUCUUCCCAGCUGAAAAGAAAACUGGAGGAGCACCUGGAAAUGCUACACGAUGCUCACUCGGAACUCCAGAAGAAGAGAGAAUAUAUCGAAACACUGGAGCCAAAAGCUGAUCUCAAUAUGUCCCGUAAGGUGAAUGAAUUACAGCAGAUCCUGCGCCAGAAGGAGGAAGAUAUGCGGGCGAUGGAGGACAGAUAUAAACGCUAUGUGGACAAAGCUAGAACAGUGAUUAAAAGUCUAGACCCAAAGCAGCAGAACUGUAUCCCUCCUGAGAUUCAAGCCUUGAAGAACCAGCUACAGGAAAAAGACACUCGCAUCCGGCACCUGGAGACUGACUAUGAAAAGACAAAGGUUCAGCGGGACCACGAGGAGAAGCUGAUUAUCAGCGCCUGGUACAAUAUGGGCAUGGCUCUGCACCAGAAGGCCACCGACGAGAGGUCCCAGCCACCUAACGGCGCGCAGUCGUUCCUAGCUCAGCAGCGAUUGGCUACCAACGCCCGACGAGGACAAAUCUCCCGCUCUCACACGCUGCUGCCCCAAUACACAGACAAGCGCCAAAGCUUCUCCUGAAGCAGCAAUGGCUCCUGGAUCUGAACUGGGGAAAGAACACAAACACUCUACACCACCAAGGAAUUACCUUACCCCCAUAUGUAAUAAACGGCACUGAGUUUGCCCAGGUGCAGUAACCCAUAGCAACCAAUCAGCAGGUAGAAU